CGUGAAUAAUAGCACGGUAUAAACGUGAAGGUGAAGGUGAUGGCGUCAGUGAAUGCAAUGAUCAUCUAUUUACAGACGAUUCUCGAUGACGAAUAUCGUCUUAUCGUGUAGUAAUAUACUACUAAAAAAUGGCUGAACCACAAGAACAAAAGAGUAAAGAAAACACAAGUGCUGGAUUAAAAGAUGUAAUGGUAAAGCACGAGAAACGUGAGGGUACGCUGACAAAUGGCGGGAAGGGAUCCGGCGAUGACGCAGACAGUCUUGAAGAAUUACCGCUGGAUAUUGGCGAACAUUAUCUUGUUCGAAGAUCCGAUGAUUCGUGGCAUCCUGCCGAAAUUAUUCAAACACGUUACAAUGAAAAUGAAAGUCAUUAUGAAUACUAUGUUCACUACGAAGGACACAAUAGAAGACUCGAUGAAUGGGUACCUCGUGAUAGAAUUAUGUCCAGUAGAUUUGAUAUGAGCGAUCGAAGUUGGAAAAGUGGAGAUAGAAAUUCUAGUAAUGAUUUAUUAGCAGAUUCUUCUGAUCGUAAAAUUACAAGAAAUCAAAAAAGAAGACACGAUGAAAUUAAUCACAUACAAAAGACUUAUGCAGAAAUGGACCCAACAACUGCUGCUUUAGAAAAAGAACAUGAAGCUAUAACAAAAGUUAAAUAUAUUGAUAAAAUUCAAAUUGGAAAAUAUGAAAUUGAUACUUGGUACUUCAGUCCAUAUCCAGAAGAAUAUGGUAAACAACCAAAACUUUGGAUUUGCGAGUAUUGCUUGAAAUAUAUGCGUCUUGAAAAAACAUAUAGAUAUCACAUGAGUGAAUGUACUCAUAGACAGCCUGUUGGGAAAGAAAUAUAUCGUAAAGGAACAUUGAGCAUUUGGGAAGUGGAUGGUAGAGAACAUAAAAUUUAUUGCCAGAAUCUUUGCUUAUUGGCAAAAUUAUUCUUGGAUCAUAAAACACUUUAUUUUGAUGUUGAACCGUUUCUUUUCUAUAUUUUAUGUGAAGUGGAUAAACAUGGAGCACAUUUAGUUGGAUACUUUUCUAAAGAAAAAGAGUCCCCUGAUGGCAAUAAUGUAGCUUGUAUAUUAACAUUACCCCCAUUUCAAAGACAAGGAUAUGGAAAAUUGCUUAUUGCUUUUAGUUAUGAACUUAGUCGAAUUGAACAAACUGUUGGAAGUCCAGAAAAGCCAUUAAGUGACUUAGGAAAAUUAUCUUAUCGUAGUUAUUGGAGUUGGAUACUUUUAGAAAUUCUUAGGGAUUUCCGCGGGACACUUAGCAUUAAAGAUUUAAGCCAAAUGACUAGUAUUUCACAAACAGAUAUCAUAUCAACAUUACAAAGUAUGAAUAUGGUAAAAUAUUGGAAAGGUCAACAUGUAAUUUGUGUAACUCCUAAAUUAGUUGAAGAACAUAUAAAAAGUAGUCAAUAUAAAAGGCCCAGACUUACUGUAGAUAGUAGUGCAUUAAGAUGGGGUGCACCACCUCGGAAAAAUGUGAAACCUGGUAAAAAAUAAAAUAUGAAAUGGUUUAACUCAACAAUUUUUGCUACUAUAAAAGUGAUCUAUUAAUUUUUUUGACUAGUUACGUGUUAUGAAUAAAGUAAAGCUAAAGAUAGAGAGAUAUAUCAUAAUAUUAAUUUUAUAGAAUUCUUUAUGAAUAUACAUAAUGUGAAAAGAUCGUAUAAAUUUGAUAUAUGUUUAGAAAUUGAUACAGAGAGUGCUUUGUUCAUUUGUUGUAGCUUUCAUUUUUAUAGUAAUUCAAAUGUCUAAAAUUUGUAUAAUAUUUAGAAUUUUAUUAUCUCAUCACAUUUUAAAUUAGAAAACAAAAUAAAAAAUAUUUAUUUAUUAAUCAAUAUGUAAUUUUCAAAGGGUUACCUACACACAUAAAACAUAAUUUUUCAAGUUUAUAAAAAUUAAAUAUUUCAACUUUUUACAUAAUUUGAAACACCUUGUAUGAAACAAAGAGCAGGUGUGAUAUAUAAUAUUAAUAUAAUUCUUUUUUAUAGAUUCAGUAAUAAAAUAUAUAUUUAUCAGACAAAUAAUAUCUUUACAAAUAUUAAUUAACUCUCAGUAUUAACAUGUAUUAGACAUUAAUUACAAUUUUGCGAUAGAUGAUCUAUGAGCAUUUAUAGCUAAUUGUACAGCAUAUUGAGCAGUACCAGGAGCUGUACAAACACCAUAACCACCAUGUCCAUAAUUAUGUAUUAUCUACAACAAUUGUUUUAUAAUUUAUAUCUUUAAUGAACAAAUAUGAUAUUGAUACUAACCGUA